AAGGGCUCCGGCGUCUUUACCUUUCCCGACGGCGGCAAGUAUGAGGGUGAAUUUGAGAGCUUUCAGCAAGUCAUGACGCGCCAUGGCCACGGAACCUACUGGAACGGACCCGAAAAGUACACGGGUGCAUGGAGCAAGGACGCUAUGGACGGCAAAGGCGUCUACUCGUUUGCAUCGGGCGCUGUAUACGAGGGAGAAUUCAAAUCCAAUCUGUUCUGUGGCGACGGCACAUACCGCUGGAGCGACGGCGCCACGUACGUCGGGCAGUGGCGCGAGAGCAAGAUGCAUGGGAGCGGCUGCUACACGGACAAGGACGGCGUCGAAUGGCGCGGCACGUUCUUCAACGGCAAGUUUGACAAUGGACGGGCGUUCCUGACACUGCGCUGACACAUUGUAUGAAACACAUGUAUACAUCAUAUGUAACACCUGUUUCCAACAUGUUUUAAACACACC